AUGCAGAAGACGUAUGAUGAGUGCUAUCUUUUGUGUUCUACUGCUGUCUACUUCGAAGGCCAGAACAACGAGGACGAAGCAUUGAGAUCAUGGAGAUCUGCUCUUGAGACCAUCUACCGUCAUAACGCCCGCCGAGUGUCCUCGACCUACACUCCCAAGACGGAAACCGAGCGAGCGCUGCAGGAUUCCAUUAAAGCGCUAGAAGUCCAAUGCCGAGAGCGGGUCGAUCUGUUAUCGGCCCUCCGUGAAAGCCGAAAGGAGUCGGCCGACGCAAAUGGUACAAAAGAAGGCCCUGCAACCCUCGUGAAGGGGAAAUAUGCUGUGACUACGCCUCCUUUGUCGACGGCAAGCGUCCCAGGGUUCAUCGGUGGCGGCACAAUCCCCGCUGUAGGCUACACCGAUCUCUCCAAACCAGCCGCCAUACCAGGGCGUCCCCUGCCUUCCAAGCAUAACACCGCCGAUAACCUCCCACUCUACGAUGACAGUCCUUCUCAUUCGGGGUCCCCGGCUGAAACGCCUGCACAGAAACUGAACUCGAAUUCUUCGGAAAUGGAGCGGUCUCGUGGCUCCAGUCCCGAAAGGGAAAGGAGGAAGCCGAUGCUCACCACACUGCGUAGUGCCGAUGGAAAGAAGUCGAGCAAAAAGACCAGUGCUAAGAAACAGACCAGACCGGCAGCGUCUAAGGCGGCGGGCCUAGCAUGGGGGUCCAAUUUCCGUCCGUCGUCAGGUGAGAAGCCCGUGAGCGAUGCCGCAAUCGCCUCUUCUCGCUCCGCCGCGAUCGACUCGAGUUUGCGACGUGAGCCUGAGCCCAGGACUAGCUCUAGCGAUGAGCCAUUGGCAUCGCGGAACGUCCUCUACCGAAAAGACUCUGCGGGCGAUCGUAUCCCCGUCGCCCACUGGCGUGAGCCUCAGCAACCUUCCCCCAACCGUUCGUCCCGACCCUCCCCACGAAAGUUUCCCCGCGAGCCUCCGCCCCCGCCUGUACACCGCACCCUUCCUCCCUCAAGCUCCACUUCUGGGGUCGCACGAGAUGGCCUGAGCCGCGAUGAACCCGAGGCGGCUCCUAAACCCUCGGUCAAACCUAAGCCUGUCGCCCUGAGGUCGUCGCUCCAACCUCCUACCCCUCGCUCCUCCGACAUGACCAAAUCCGAAGGCAGCUCCCGGCCUGAAACGCCCCGACAAGAGCGCGAAUCAAACGCAUCGAACAGCAAGCCUCGGACCAAGUCGUCGUCUACUCCUCAUGCUACCCAGCCCGACCAGUCAGCCUACAUAUCACCAUCCUCAGGGAGCGACGACGUUCAGCGAGGUGUGGCGCAGAUGUCACUCUCGAACAGCAAUGGGGCCAGCGUUCGACGGAAAAUGCUAGCACCUAAACGACGAGAAACUCCGCCUUCGAGCGAGCCCGAGUCUUCAGACGUGCGCUCCACGGCAGAUGAGACCGAGGAUGAAGACGAAGACGAUGAAAAUGCGGACGUGGAGCGGAUCAUGUCCAAGCUUCCGAAGGGCAUAGAUCCUCAAUCAGCCCGACAAAUUCUCAAUGACAUUGUCGUCCGCGGCGACGAAGUGCAUUGGGAGGAUAUUGCUGGCUUAGAUGGGGCUAAGAAAGCGCUUAAAGAAGCGGUCGUGUAUCCAUUUUUGCGACCGGAUCUUUUCUCGGGUCUACGUGAGCCGGCGCGAGGCAUGCUGUUGUUCGGCCCUCCUGGGACGGGGAAGACCAUGCUUGCUCGAGCUGUUGCCACCGAAUCCAAGUCGACUUUCUUCUCUGUCUCAGCGUCUAGCUUGACAUCGAAGUGGCAUGGCGAGAGCGAGAAGCUUGUCCGAGCCUUGUUUGGCCUUGCCAAGGCACUUGCCCCCUCUAUCAUCUUUGUUGAUGAGAUCGACUCUUUGCUUUCCGCCCGGUCAUCUGGCUCUGAACAUGAAGCCUCCCGCCGGUCUAAGACAGAGUUCUUGAUUCAAUGGUCUGAUCUCCAGCGGGCUGCUGCUGGUCGGGAGCAGAGCCCCCGCGACAAGAAAGAGGGCGACGCGACCCGUGUGCUAGUUCUUGCAGCUACCAAUAUGCCUUGGGAUAUUGAUGAAGCCGCUCGUCGUCGUUUCGUUCGUCGGCAGUACAUUCCUCUGCCGGAGCAUCAUGUGCGUGAGCAGCAGAUUCGUACACUACUUGGUCACCAGCACCAGGAGCUCAGCGACGAAGACAUUCAAGUCUUGGUCCACGUUACAGACGGAUUUUCGGGCUCUGAUAUAACAGCCCUCGCCAAGGAUGCCGCCAUGGGCCCUCUCCGGAACCUUGGCGAAGCUCUUCUUCACACUCCCAUGGAUCAGAUCCGCCCGAUUAGGUUUGAAGACUUUGAGUCCAGUCUGUACUCCAUCCGUCCCAGUGUAUCCCCAGAUGGGCUACGCAAAUACGAAGAAUGGGCGAAGGAAUUUGGCGAAAGAGGCGGUUAG